AUGACCUGGAAGAAAGCAGGAGCAGCCCAGGAGAGCGUCAAAGCUGAGCCCUCCUUCCACUGUGUUAUUGACCGGGAAGACCCUGGGGAAAGGACGCAUACCCGCAGGGCCGGUGCCAGAGGGCCUGAUCCGCAGCUACAGCACGAGGUUCUGCACAGGACGCGCCUUGUCCUCCGGGCCAAAGGCAUCAGACAUGAAGUUAUCAACAUUAACUUGAGAAACAAGCCUGAAUGGUACUACACAAAGCACCCUUUUGGCCAAAUUACUGGCCUGGAGAACAGCCAAUGUCACCUGAUCUAUGAAUCAGUCAUCACUUGUGAGUACCUGGAUGACAUGCCCGGGAGGAAGCUGUAGCCCUAUGACCCUUAUAAGCGAGCUUGCCGAAAGAUGUUAUUGGAGCUAUUCUAUAAGGCCCCACAUUUGACCAAGCAGUGGCUGGUAGCAUUGAGAUGUGGGAGACAGUGUGCGGAUCUGAAGCCAGCCCUGCGUCAGGAAUUCAGCUCUCUUGAAGAGGUACAAAAAGGGGCCCCUCUCCUGGUCAGAUAUAGUGGAAGAAGUGAUGCAGCGUCCCCAGUCUGCUCCCCCAGACACCCACUGCUUUCACGGACUUAUUCUUUCUGCCAAACUUUGAUAAGUUUGGCUACUAAUCAUCUAAUUUUAACUUGUGAAUGUUUACUCUCCACUAACUGGCUCUGGAAUUAUUCUUGAAAAUCUGGCAAGGAGUUGGGAAGGAUAUGUGAUGAAUUUCUUCCUUUCCUGGAGUCACCACAUCUGUUAACCACAUACAGAGAUCUGCUAAGUAUGUCUGUAUGGCUUCCUUAGCUUCUGCCUAUGGGGCCAAGGUUUGGCUGCUAGGAAAAGAGACCUAACUACUAUAAAUUUAUCUUAUAAGGGUUUAUUCUCUCACAUAAAAGAGCUAGAGGUAGGACAGUUCAGGGCAAUUUUGAUGACUUCUUCAUGAAGUUACCAGGAACUGAGUAAUUUUCUUUCUGCUCUGUCAUCUUUAGUGCAAGGCUAGUCAUCCUCACAGUGACAGGACAGCUGUUGGAACAGCAGCCAUCACAUCUAAGUUUCAGGUUGCAGAAAGGAGAACAGAAAAGAAAGAAAUGGCCAAAGGCCUUGCCCCUUUAGAGGGUUUUGCCAGAAGUCCUACUCAAUGACUACUUAAAUAUCAUUGGCCAGGACUUAAUUGUGGGGUCAUAACUAUCUGCAGGAGAGCCUGGGGAAAUUACUCUUUCUUCUGGGGACACCCUAAAUAAAAUCAGGGUACUAUAAUUAAGAAAGAAGGGGAAAGUAGCUAUGGGUGAGCAUGGAGCAAUCUCUGCUAGCAGAUCCUCCAUUAACCUGGCAGUGAUUGGGCUAGUUAACUCUUACCUCUAGAAUAAUCUGGAAGGUGGGUCUUUGACUUCCUUCAUCUUUGUUCCGGAAACUGAUAUAUUCCUUUUAUGGCUGGGUUGUUACUCUGUGGGCAGCCAGACAAUGCUGUUCUUAUCUCCUUAAGGGAAAGCUGAUAUUAAUACUCUUCCAUUUGACCUUUGUCAAGUGGAAACAGAUUGAAUUAUUUAUACUUCCAGCUAUCUUGGAUUUGUACAGUUGCAACAUUUAUAGAUGAUAAACAGUCGUGUGUAGUCAACCUUUGGUCCUGAGACCACAGACUGUGGUCUUGACUCUGGAGGCAGGAUGAUGUGGUGGAAAGCGUAUGAGAUCCUCGGCCGGCUUUACUAGAUUCCAGAACCUUGGGCUAGCUUCUAGACCUCUCUCUGCUUGGUUUUCCACAUUUAUAGAGUGAAGGAGUGUUUUGAAAGGUGUAUUUUCUGAGCCUCUAGGUUCUGCAAAGGAAUGGCCCAGCAAGGGGAGGUCUGGUGGGUGGUUCAGAUCCUGCUUCACCCAGAACAGCCCUGCUUUUAACAUCU